AUGCCGGGCAAGUAUGACGAUGGGGAGAAUCGUUUAAACGAAUAUGAAGUAAUAAAAAAAAUUGGCAGCGGUAGAUUUGGGGAAGUGUUUUUGGUGAAGCAUAAAAGGACACAAGAAUUUUUUUGUUGGAAAGCUAUAUCUUAUAGGGGUUUAAAAGAAAGAGAAAAAUCUCAGUUAGUAAUUGAAGUGAAUGUAAUGAGAGAAUUAAAACAUAAAAAUAUUGUUAGAUACAUUGAUAGAUUUUUAAAUAAAGCAAACCAGAAAUUAUAUAUAUUAAUGGAAUUUUGUGAUGCAGGUGAUUUAUCAAGAAAUAUACAAAAAUGUUACAAAAUGUUUGGUAAAAUAGAAGAGCAUGCAAUAAUAGAUAUAACUAGACAAUUAUUACAUGCACUUGCAUAUUGCCAUAACUUAAAAGAUGGCCCUAAUGGAGAAAGGGUAUUACAUCGAGAUUUAAAACCGCAAAAUAUUUUCCUCUCUACAGGUAUAAGACAUAUAGGGAAAAUAACAGCUCAAGCAAAUAAUUUAAGUGGUAGACCAAUUGCAAAAAUUGGUGAUUUUGGAUUAAGUAAAAAUAUAGGUAUAGAAAGUAUGGCACAUUCAUGUGUUGGUACUCCAUAUUAUUGGUCACCAGAAUUAUUAUUACAUGAAACAAAAAGUUAUGAUGAUAAGAGUGAUAUGUGGGCUCUUGGUUGUAUUGUAUAUGAACUAUGUUCAGGUAAAACUCCUUUUCAUAAAGCAAAUAAUUUUGCACAAUUAAUAUCGGAAUUAAAAAGAGGACCUGAGUUACCUAUUAAAGGGAAAUCAAAAGAGUUAAAUAUUCUAAUUAAGAAUUUGUUAAAUUUAUCAGCUAAGGAAAGACCUAGUGCAUUACAGUGUUUAGGUUACCAAAUAAUUAAAAAUGUAGUACCUGCUGUUAUUAGCAGAAAGGAAAAUACCUGCCCACAGCUAGCUAAUAUUGGCACGUGUAAAAAUGUAGGUGAUAACAAUGGUAAUAGGGAUAACAGUAGUAAUAGGGAUAACAAUGGUAAUAGGGAUAACAAUGGUAAUAGGGAUAACAAUGGUAAUAGGGAUAACAAUGGUAGUAAUAGUAAUAUCAAUAACAUUAAUAACAUUAAUAACAUUAAUAACAUCAGUAACAUUAAUAGUAACAUCAGUAACAUUAAUAGUAACAUCAGUAACAUUAAUAGUAACAUCAGUAACAUUAAUAGUAAUAAUAAUGCCAAAAAUUAUGGCAUUUCUCCAAAUUUUUUGGUAAAUAAAAGAAACAACGAACGGGAAAGAAAUUCAAGUUGUUUAAGUAGACAAAGUUCUAACACGAUUACGAAGGACAAUGUAAAGUUCAAUCAUCAUAACCAUCAUAUUAUUAGUAAUACCCCUCAUGCGGUGAAUGGAAAAUAUGCUGGCAGGGAAGAAAAGCUAAAAAUGUAUGAUAUAGAAAAAGGGCGGUUAGAUGAUAAGGAAAAGAUGGAGAGGGAACGAGACCAAAUGGAGAGGAAGCAAAUGGAGAGAAACAGAAUUGAGAAAGAGCAGAUGGAGAGAGAACAAAUGGAGAGAAACAGAAUAGAAAAGGAGAACAAUCAAAGGAAAGCCUUGGAAAUGAAACUGAUGGAGAAGAAGCGUUUGGAAAAGGAGAGAUUGGAGAGGAUAGAGAAUGAGAAGAAGGAAAGACUAGAACGGGAAAGAAUGCAGCGAAUUGAGAGGGAAAGAGAAAGGGAACGAGAAAAAGAAAGGGAUCGGGAGAGAGAGUUAGAACUAGAACGUGAACGACUAGAACGAAUUGAGAGAGAGAAAAUGCAGCAGAGAAUGGAGAGAGAGAGGGAGAGAGAAAGGAUGGAAAAAAUUCGAAGGGAAAAAUUCUUUCUAAAGGGAAGAGAUGACAAUGACAGUGUUAGAAGCAGUACCAAUGUUAGUAGCAGUGCCAAUGUUAGCAGAGGUGCCAAUGUUAGUAGAGAUACCAAUGUUAGUAGAGAUACCAAUGUUAGUAGCGGAGCCAAUGUUAGCAGAGGUGCCAAUGUUAGCAGCAGGAACAACGAUGACAUGGUGAAAAACAGCAGGGUAGGGUACCAGAACGAGGGUACUUAUAAUAAUAAUUUUUCAAGGAUGAAAGACACAUAUGCACACAUAAAUAAAUACAAAGCAUACAUGAUAAAUGACAACAGGAAGUCGAAUAUGUAUGAUGAUGAAAACUUGGAUAAAUGUGAUAUGAAUAGAUAUUUAAAAAAAAAUUCUGUGAGUACAAGCAUUUCGAGUAAGAAUAUGCACAAUUAUAGUAAUAAUAGUACGCAUCUUAAUAAUAAUUAUUCUGCUGCUGAAUGCUAUAGUGCUUACAAUAAUAACAGUACCUUAAGUCGGUAUAGUAGUAAUUCGGUGGAAAGUGAAAAAUAUAAAGGUGAUAAUAAACAGCGCAUGACUAUUACAAAGAAUGCGAAGGACGUGUAUAAUGAAAUUAUCAACUCUGGGUAUAGAACACCUCCCCAAUACGAGAGGAACUACAACGAUAGUAGGGGAAACAAUAAUAGCAACAGUGGUAAUAAUGACGAGGGAAUAGGCACGUGUAAAAGCAGCAGAAUAUCUAACAUGUAUUUUAACGACAACGCUAGACGAAGUGUUAGUGCAAUGCCCCACAUGAACAACCUCAGUCGGCGCAAGUCGAGUGUGUAUGUAUGUGAAGAUGAUACAUAUAAUAAAAAUAAUAAUGUGGGAGAAAAUAGAGGUUUUAAAAAUCUUGAAAAGGACAGAGAGUACCUACUCGAAAAAAAAAAGUUACUGCUUGAAAAGGAUAAGGAAAUUUAUGAACGAAUGAGGCAAACCAAUAAUUACCCCUACUCAGUGCAGGGAUAUGAAAGGUGUGAAAAAAUAAAAGGCGCAAACAAACCGAAUGAAGACAGCAGGCGCAACAGAAGUCUGUCUAUUUGCACGAACGAACAUGAAAAAAGGAACUCGUACAACAUGAAAAAGGAGCAUGAAGAUGGUGAACAUAAUUAUGUAAUUAAAAAUAGAAAUAUUUAUAACACGACAAAUUUAGUACAUAAUAAUGGUGGUGCGGGUGCAUAUGAAAGAAGUAUGUAUUUCUGUAGAUAA